AUGUUUUUCUAUCCAUUCUACAAUUACUGCUCUUUUCAUACGACUAUUUGGCUGUGGUCUCUUUUUUUAAUUAUUAAACAAACUUAUUCUCAAGAAAUCUUUGCUAGUCAAACAAUAUUAUCAAGUCAAGGCAAUCAAUAUAUACCUGCUAAUAUGCCAGCUCAACUUAUUUCGAUAACUAAUACUGAUUCAAUCAAGAAAUGUUCUAUAUUAUGUAACAACAAUGUCCUAUGCCGUAUUUUUGAUUAUGGAGUAUCUUCAUCGAAACAAUGUCGAUUAUUUGAAGGUGAUACAAAUAAAUUAGGUCAAAUUGUUUCAUCAUCUUCAUCUCAAGCACAAGUUGGUACUUUACAAAUUUCCGCACGUCUUUUCGCUGAAUACGGCAGUCCAUGUAUUUCUACUUGUAAUCAAAUUCGCUAUCUUCGAUGUGGUAGUAAUUCUACGUGUGAAUGUAUGCCACAUACUUAUUGGAAUGCAUCAAUUUCAAUGUGUAUUCCACAAUCGCCAAUACUUGGUGCAUCUUGUCAACAAAAUAUGAGCAUGUGUAGACAAGAUCUUAACUAUACAUGUUUACAAUUUAAUCAAUGUGGUCCAUUGUCAGUACUUUCUGGAACAACAAUUGCGGAUGAUACCACUAAAAUGAGCAAUAGUCCGACUGUUGGUGUAAAUUCGCCUACGGGAAUUGAUAUAUUGGGAACCAACAGUGACUCAAUUAUUAUUGUAGAUGAUGGCAAUAAUCGUAUUCUCGGUUUAUGGGAUGCUGAUACAAACUAUACAAAUAUUUCUGUAGUAGCAACUGUAGGGGCUUCUGGACAGUCUCUGUCCAUGCCUUUGGAUGUAUAUGUCAAUGCUAGAAACGGAUGUGAUAUUUAUGUUACUAACUAUGCUACUUCUCAAGUUGUGUUAUAUUCUAACAUGCAAACAAUUAAUCCCCUACCCCGUAUAGUUGCAGGUGAUGGUUUUCGUGGAACAGAACUUAGCAGUUUGUAUUUUCCAUAUGGAGUAGUAGUAGAUAGUCAUAAGAAUGUGAUCGUUGCUCUUAUGUUGAAUCAUCGAGUAAUGUUUUGGCCUCCAAAUGCAUUGAAUGGUACAAUAAUAGUUGGUCAUAUCUCAGCUAUUAGUGGCGCUACUUCUAUGGAUCUUGAUAUGCCUGUAGGAAUAGCAAUUGAUGAACACAAUUCAUGGUUGUAUGUCGCUGAUUCAAACAACCAUCGAAUUCAACGAUACAACUUAAAUGAUACUUGGCCAUGCAACGGCACUACAGUAGCAGGCGGCAAUGGUUCUGGUUCACGAAGCAAUCAGCUCUCUGCUCCAUCUUAUAUUAAAAUAUCUAAUAAGACGGGAGCUUUGUACAUAGUGGACAACGGUAAUAAUAGAAUUCAACGCUGGAAUCAAGGAGCAACUGAAGGAGUAACUAUUGCAGGUGAUAUUAAUGGCAAUCCGGGAUCCAGUGAUACAACGUUUAACUAUCCUUCAGCAUUAGCUAUUAAUCAUAAUGAAACAUUCAUGUAUGUAACCGAUUAUAAUAACAACCGUGUCCAAAGAUUUCAGCUCAUUUAA